AUGCGUGAGAGUGACGUGAAGAGACUUCCAAAAGUGGGGGAAGCAGUGGAGGUGGUGGAGGCGGUGGUGGAGGCCAGCAGGGCAAAGGAAUCAUUGUUGUUGGAGGAGGCAGCGGUGGAGGAGGUGGAGGAGGAGGAGGCCACCAGGGCCAAGGUCCCAUCUGCAUUGGAGGGGGCAGUGGAGGAGGAGGAGGAGGUGGUCAACAAAGCCAAGGUCCCAUCGUUAUUAGUGGUGGUGGUGGAGGAGGAGGUGGCGGCUCAGGGCAGCAAAGCCAAGGUCCCAUCUGUGUUGGUGGGGGUGGAAAGGGAGGAGGAGGAGGAGGAGGUGGAGGUGGAGGUUCAGGCCACCAGGGCCAAGGUCCAAUCAUCAUUAGUGGAGGUGGUGGAGGUGGAGGAGGAGGAGGAGGAGGCCACCAGGGUCAAGGUCCCAUCUGCAUUGGAGGUGGCAGUGGAGGAGGAGGUGGAGGUGGUCAACAAAGCCAAGGCCCCAUUGUUAUUAGUGGUGGUGGAGGAGGUGGCGGCUCAGGACAGCAAAGCCAAGGUCCUAUUUGUGUUGGUGGGGGUGGCAAGGGAGGAGGAGGAGGAGGAGGAGGUGGAGGAGGUGGCUCAGGCCACCAGGGCCAAGGUCCCAUCAUCAUUAGUGGUGGAGGUGGAGGUGGAGGUGGAGGUGGUGGCUCAGGGCAGCAAAGCCAAGGUCCCAUCUGCGUUGGAGGAGGAGGAGGAGGUGGUGGAGGAGGUGGUUCAGGCCACCAGGGCCAAGGUCCCAUCAUUAUUAGUGGCGGUGGUGGUGGAGGAGGAGGAGGUUCAGGACAUCAGGGCCAAGGUCCCAUCUGCAUUGGAGGAGGAGGAGGAGGAGGUGGAGGAGGCGGCUCAGGCCACCAGGGCCAAGGUCCCAUCAUCAUUAGUGGCGGUGGUGGCGGCUCAGGGCAGCAAAGCCAAGGCCCCGUGUGCGUUGGGGGAGGCAGCGGAGGAGGAGGUGGAGGUGGAGGAGGUUCAGGCCACCAGAGCCAAGGUCCCGUCGUCGUCAUCGGCGGUGGAGGUGGAGGAGGAGGCGGAGGGGGCUCCUCCAGCUCCGGAGGAAUGUCCAUGCAGCAGCAGACCCAGCCCAUCUGCUGGCCACCACAGACCAAGCGCAAGAACAGCUGAGUUUCCUGGAGCCCCAGAAUCACACCCAGGAGUUUCAGCCACGGGAUCCAAGCUCACGUGUGGGACCUACCGUGGAUGCGGGGUGGCCGAGGAAGGUCACUGCUCCGAGAUGAGCUCCAGACGCAGAAGAAGGUACCGCAGCCGGGGCCGGGGGAGUUCCCAGCCCCAGAACUCCUCCAGCGGGGGAGGAGACAGAUCAGGCCACAAUACGUACAUCCAUUCUGGUGGCAAUGGAGCUAGUGGAGGAGGAGGAGGAGGAGGUGGAGGAGUUUCAGGGGGCACUUUCCAUGCUCCCAUCAUCGGCUUCGCAGCUGGAGGUGGGGGGGGAACGAACUCCACCUACUGUGCAGGAAACGUAGGAGGAGACCCAGCCCAUCUGCUGGCCAGAGCCAACCAAGCAGUGCCCACUGGAAGGACUCAGCCACCGACGAAGCCCGAGACAUGA